AUGGGUUUCGAUUACGAAGAUGAUACAAAUAAUGUUAAUAAUCGCGGGGAUUCGGACUUUAAAUCAAUAAAUGGUACCGAUAAUAAAGAUAAAGUACCGGAAGCUGUUAAUUUAGAACUCGUUAACAUGGUACCUUAUACCAACGGAAACGGUACGAGUUAUGGAGUGCCCGUUAACGGAAUACCCGCGAAAAAAGAUUCCGAAACCGUUGAUAUGAGUUCUCCGUAUGACGAAUAUUUUGUGCCAGUAAACGAACAUAAAAAAUACAUGAGGUUAAUGAAAAACAAAAAAAAUGUUAAAGUCAGUAAUAUUUCCCGUUGUUUGUUAGUUAAUUACUCGUAA